GUGUCGUCAAGAUUGCUAAGUAACCACCAUUCAUCUUUGUCUUAUAAGCGGUCAUGGUUGUUGUCUUCGACGUUGCUGAGCUAUGGCAUGACCAGCGUGUGGGGUCAUCAAAGCUCUUCGAUCUGCACAAUAUGGUGAUCUGGUGACGACGAGAUAUCUCUGCCACAUUGUACAGUGAUUUGGUUAGAAAUUAUCUUCACAUGUGCUAUACAAAUCAAGAACAUGCCAAACUCGAUAAGGCCAAAAUAAACAUAGACGCAAAUCAUGAGAACUGUAAGCUUACUCAUCAAUCCCAGAACCAUGUUAGCGAAACCAGCCCACAAACACGAUUUCUGGAAUUAAGAGUCUUAAUUAAUAUCAGGAUCAAUAAGGUUGGGGUUCGAAAUUCAGAAAUUAGAAUGUUAAGGUUCGAUUCAAACUUUGUCUAAAAGGUCAUGGUUUAAAAUGGAUUUAUCUCUUAUUGCAACUCUGAGAUUCACGAUGUUUAUGUUGCAUUUGACUUGUACAUGUCAAGCACGACACGCCGAAAAUAAAAUCCUAGAUCUGCCAACUGCGCUGCUAGAGGGCUUAGCUUAGGAAUCAAAUCUCAGGUUGGGACAGCUUCAGGCACAUCACUCCCGACUCGAUUGUACCAGGAAAUGAUUGGGACGCGGUCGACCGGCGCGGGACAUCCGGCCGUGCGUGCCACACGUUCGGCUUGUGCCCGCGUUCCCAGCACCAGGUCAACCCCGACAGGCAAAGCGGCAGAUCGAAUUGUUGCACCUCUGCACGUCCAAUUCCAUUCCCUUUGAUGCCAGCUUUUCCAGGGAUGCAGCACAGCAAGGAGAGGCCGUCUUCUUCAAUUCUCGCCCCGCCAAUUGGCACGCUUCUCCAGUCCUCCCCCGUCCCCUUCGUUGCCAUUGCCAAAAACAAGAUUGCUCAUUUGCUCUAGAGUUUUCACUUGUGGCUGCAUUUGGUUGGUACCAGGGUCGAAGAAUUAAGAAGGCCAUAAGCCGGCGCCAUUGCUUCUCCCAUUAAGCUAGCUAGCUGGGAUUCUUGCGACAGCACAUCUGUUCUUGCUCGCGAUCCCUGAAUUGUUUCCGAGAUGAACGACCUCUUCUCGUCGGGCUCGUUCAAGAAGUACGAGGACCUCAAGUACCAGGUGGCGCUGGACGACAUGGAGUCCGGGUUGGAGGUCGCCGCCGCCAACCUGGACAAGUUCUUCGAGGACGUGGAGGCCGUGAAGGAGGACAUGCGCGGGCUCGAGGCGCUGCACCGGCGGCUGCAGUCGGGGAACGAGGAGGUCAAGGCCGCGCACGACGCCGGCGCCGUCAGGUCCCUCCGCGCCCGCAUGGACGCCGACGUCGCCCAGGUCCUCGUCCGCGCCAAGGCCGUCAAGGCCAAGCUCGAGUCCCUCGACCGCGACAACGCCGCCUCCCGCGCCACGCUCCCGGGCUGCGGCCCCGGAUCCUCCACCGACCGCACCCGCUCCUCCGUCGUCUCCGGCCUCGGCAACAAGCUCAAGGACCUCAUGGACGACUUCCAGGGGCUGAGGACGCGGAUGGCGGCGGAGUACAGGGAGACGGUGGCGCGGCGGUACUUCACGGUGACGGGGGAGCAGGCGGAGGAGAGCCGGAUCGAGGCGCUGAUCGCGUCGGGGGAGAGCGAGACGUUCCUGCAGAAAGCCAUCCAGCAGCAGGGCGACCAACAGGCCGCCGGGCGAGGGCAGGUGAUGGGCACGGUGUCGGAGAUCCAGGAGCGGCACGACGCCGUGAGGGAGAUGGAGCGGAGCCUGCGGGACCUGCACGCGCUGUUCCUCGACAUGGCGGCGCUGGUGGAGGCGCAGGGACACCAGCUCAACGACAUCCAGAGCCACGUCGCCAAGGCCAGCUCCUUCGUGCACAGGGGCGCCGUGGAGCUCGAGUCCGCCCGCGGGUACCAGAGGAGCAGCCGGAAAUGGGGCUGCGUCGGCCUCGUCGCCGCCGUCGUGCUCCUCCUCGUCGUGCUGCUGCCCAUCCUCGUCAACCUCAAGCUCUUGACCGUCGGAUAGAUGAUAGAUUGACGCCGCACCCGCACGCGGGAUGAUCUGCUGAUGAUGCUCCACCCUCCUGCACGAUUAUUGUUUUGUUCUUUGGUUUGAGACGACGAUGGAGAUUCGUAUCGUAGAUCAGAAUUCAGAAGUGUUAAUUUAGUGGUUGUUGUUUGUAUAUCAAAACCUUCUUAAACCACAAUGGUGGGAGAAGCAUAUGGGAAUCGUUGUAUGGAUUUGAUUCGCGGGGGCAAGGGGACAUUCUGAAGGAUACGUUCAGGAGGAGGGUCCGGUAUGUUUUUCUUUUUUUUUAUGAAAAGGAUCGGAGCUCUGU